AUGAAAGGUGUAAAAUAUUUUUUUUUAGCAAUAAUAUGUGUGGUAUAUUUAGCAAAAUCGUAUGUCAUAGAUGAAAGUGCCAAUGUAUUAUCUCUCGAUAAUAAUUUAGUGCAUGUUAAACUAAAAUUGGAUGUUAAUGGAAAAGAUUAUAAAGAUAAUUUUCUUCCAAUAAAUUUAUUAAAAGUAUUGAGCUAUGUGAAAUCUCUUAAAAUAAAUAUAAAAAGAGGGGUUUACAGAAAUUAUUACAACAACAAAUAUUUGGACAAAUAUCCAUAUGGUUUUACUCUUGAAGUUGAACUAAAAAAGGGAGACAAUGAUAAAAAUAAUAAGGAAACGGAAAAUAGCGAAUUUUCAAAGCAUGAAAUAUUUAUUUUACACCAAUUAUUAAACGAAAUAUGGUCUAUUACUGGUGUAUCGACUAAUCUUUUGAAAAUAAAGGAUCUGAUAAAAGUUCAUAAUAAAAUUUUUGCAUUUCUACCUGAUGAAAGUAUAUGUACUGAAUAUUUUUCAUUUAUUAAAAAGUUAUACCCAUGUAAAGAUUUUGGAGGAUUAUUCAAUGCAGUAAGUUCUGCAUAUUUAAUAUCUAAGCUUUCUACCAAUAUAGGAUUUGAGUUAAAUGAUAAUGAUGAAAAUUUUUUAUUAUUAUACAUUGAUUAUAUUACACACCAUGAUCAAAAAAAAGAUGUUAGAAUUAUAGAUUUAAUAGAUUCGAAAUAUAGUUUAAAUAAUUGCCCUUUGAUAAAUAGGAAUACACUUAUUGUCCAAAAAAAGGAUGAAAGUUUUAUUUCAACAAUUUUCAAAAAGCAUGGUACAACAGAUAUGUUUUAUGACAAUAUAAAUUUAUAUAAUAUUAUGCAAAAUCCACAACAAAACAUAUUAGAAGAAUAUAUAAAUGUUAAUAUAAUUAGAGAAGAAGCUAAUAGUAUGAUAACUGCUGACAUAAAAAAAAAACAAAGCUCAUUAUUAUAUAUAUUUCAAAAUUUAAAUGUAAAUCAAAAUAGUGAUUUUCUAUUCGUUGAUAAAUUACCUUAUCAUUUGACACCUUUGUUACACACAAUAAUGAUUCAAGGGAAUGCCCCUAAUGAUUAUGACAAGUCAAAUGAAAAAUGUAAUUUUAUUUAUUUUGGUGAAACCGCACUUAAAAAAUUCAACAUUAAAUUUAGCAACUUUGAUAAUAUUGAAAAUAUACCAAAAAGUGGAAGCUUUUAUUAUAUUCAUUUUGAACACAAUUUACCACCAUUGUGUAAAAUAACAAUAAGAUUUGAAGUAGUUAAAAUCCGUAUUAGAUCGUUCGAAUUCGAGUUUGAUAUAGAUAGAGGUAUUAUAUUAGGUAGUGGAAUAUUUAUGCAAAAGAGAAACCAUAGUUUGCCUGAAAAUAAUGAUUUCAUGUAUAAAUAUACUCCAUCAAUUCUUAUAGAUAUAGUUUUACCAGAUACAAGUAUGCCCUUUAAUGUUAUGGCAAUCGCAACAUGUGUUAUUAUGUUAUUUUUUGGAUUCAUAUUUAAGCUUACUGCAAAAGAAGAAACAAGAUAUAUUUGA